CAAGAAUAAGUAGAAUUAAAAGGAUGAGGACUUCACUCUAAGACGGAGAGAAGUACAGCACAUGAGAGCAGUCUUUCAGGACUGGAGCUCUUCUAUUCAGAUCCAAAGAAGAGAACCUGCUGAAAAAACUAUGAGGCAGGGGCAGGCACUGUGGCACAGUAGGUUAAGCCACAGUUUUGGACACCUGUAUUCCAUAUCAAAGUGCCAAGUCAAGUCCCAGCACCUCCACUUUUGAUCCAGCUUCCUGCUAAUGCAUCCCGGGAAGCAACAGAUGAUGGCUCAAAUGCUUGAACUACAACUACUCAUAUGGGAGAUCUGGAUGGAGUUCCAGGCUCCUUGCUUUGGGCUGGCCCUGCAGUAGCCAGACAUGAACCAGAAGUCUGUUACAAGAUGUGUCUUACACUUUAACUCACUGUGCCACAACACCUACCCCCAACAAGUAUUUUUAAACACCUAAAAGUAGGAGGCUGUCUCAGUACUUCAAGUUUUAUUAGUGCAUUCAUUAGGUAAUGAAAAACAGGGUGAUUUCAUGAUUGAUUUUUUACAAGGCUCACCUUACCUUUUCUGUGACUACUAGAUAGUAAAGCCAGUGAUGCAGUGACAAUUCCUCUACCUGAUGGGGUACUGAGUCGGUGUAUUGAUGAUGUGAGAGACUGGCUGGAAUUGAGAGAACUUUUGAAGAUGGAACUGACUUCCUGCUUUGACUUGUUUCAUGGCUAUCAGGUUUAUUAUGAAAAUUAUGACAAUGAACUGGGGCAGAGAUAGAAACAAAUAGUAUGCUUACAACUGGCACGCAAAAACCUCUUGGUGAGGUAAUGCAGACGCGUAGUAUCGUGGCAAGUCCAGUUCUUUGCGGUCUCUCUUUUUUUUUAAGCACAUGGAUAUUCAUCGUUCCGUUUGCAAUACCCAGUAAACUGGAAGCAACCCAAAAUGUCCACAUCUGGUAAAUAAUCGAAUAUAUUUUGGAAUACCCACACAACCGAAUAUUAGGCAACAAAAGGAGACUAUUGAAACAUGAGAGAUGAAUUCACAAUCAUGCUGUGUGAAAGGAACAAGAGAAAAAGUACAAGCGGUGUGAUUCUAGUCAUAAAAUGCAGGCUGCAUGGCCGAAGACCAGCGAUGGCCUGAGGCUGUGCUGGACAGGUUCAAGUGCACGGCUCGGGAGACACUGGCAGCGCGGUCACACCGCUUUGAUCCUGCCGGGCUCCGGUCUCUGAAGAGAAGGCGACCAACCGUGCUGCGGCCGUUGAAAGGAAUCUGCCACACACAUCCCUGCCCCCGACAACCUCCCCGUCUUCCGCCAAGGCUGAGCACUGCGGAACAAGAACCGCUCCUGUCCGGCGGCGGCGGCCGCUUCACACCGCCAACGCGUCCGCUCCGCCUCCCGGUCAUCUUGAAGCUGCAGAAGUGAGAUUCGGGAUGAGGCUCCCAGCAGCCCUGGCUGCCCUGGCUGCCCUGGAAGAGACAAGAAGUGAAUGCAGAAAGAGGGUGUUCUGGGACCUGGAAGUCAUCAUUUCUGGAGGCCCCUCUCACAAGUGACUGAGAUCCCAUCUGGAAAUCGAGGGCCUAUCCAGAAGAAACAAAGACUGUUCCCAGUCGCUGGCCAUUUCUUCAAGCAGAAAAACAUGGUCAUUGUUCAGGAAUUUCUGACACUGGAGGAUGUGGCUGUUGCCUUCACUCAGGAGGAGUGGCAGCGCUUGGGCUCUGCUCAGAGGGAUCUGUACCGGGAUGUGAUGUUGGAGAACUACAGCAACCUGGUGUCCUUGGGGUAUCAAGCCAGCAAGCCAGUUGUAAUCUCUAAAUUGGAGCGAGGAGAACUGUGGACAAUGGAAGACAAAAUGCACAGUCCAGUCUGCCUGGAAAACCACAAAAUUGAUAAUCAUCUUCAGAAUCAUUUCAGGGAAAAUCAAAGAAUGCUGAAGAGUAUGGAACAGCACCAUGAACAAAAUGCACUUGGAAGUAUUGUUUGUCAAAACAAAAGUCAUUUGCCUUUAAGGGAAAAUUAUACAUUUGAGUUAUACAUAAAAACAUUGAAAUCAAAGUUAAGUUUAGUAAGCCAGAAUAAAAGCUGUGAAAUUAAAAACUCCCCUAAAUUUCUUGGAAAUGGGAAAUCAUUUGAGCGUAAGUGUGAAAAAUUUAAUUCCACAGUAAAAUUCCCUCCAAGUGGAAAACCCAAUAGCAGUAAGUCUCAAGCCAUUAAGCAUCAGAGAACUCAUGAAAUAGAGAAAACCCAUGUAUGCCAUGAAUGUGGGAAAGCCUUUUUCAAGAAGUCUCAACUCAUGGAUCAUGAGAGAGUUCAUACAGGAGAGAAGCCUUAUGGUUGCAAUAUGUGCACAAAAGUAUUUUCUAGAAAGUCCAGGCUCAAUGAACAUCAGAGAAUUCAUAAGAGAGAGAAAUCCUUUAUAUGCAGUGACUGUGGAAAAAUCUUCACCAUGAAGAACCGUCUGAUUGAGCACCAGCGAACUCAUACUGGAGAAAAACCCUGUGUAUGCAGUGUUUGUGGAAAAGGCUUCCCAGGCAAACGUAAUCUCAUUGUACAUCAGCGAAACCAUACUGGAGAGAAGUCUUUUCUAUGUAAUGAGUGUGGAAAGGGCUUCACUGGGAUAAGCAUGCUAGUGAUACACCAGCGAACUCAUACAGGAGAGAAGCCCUACGUUUGUACUGAGUGUGGGAAAGGCUUCACCACAAAGCACUACGUCAGCAUACAUCAACGAAAUCACACGGGAGAGAAACCAUAUAUAUGUGAUGAGUGUGGGAAGGGCUUCACCAUAAAGAGUCGUCUGAGUGAACAUCAGCGAACUCAUACAGGGGAGAAACCUUUUGUGUGCGAUGAAUGUGGAAAAGGCUUUCCUAGGAAGAGUAACCUCGUUGUACAUCAGAGAAAUCAUACGAUAGAAAAAUCCCAUGUCUGUAAUCAGUGUGGAAAAGGCUUCACCGUGAAGAGCAAGCUCAUCAUACACCAGCGCACUCACACAGGGGAGAAACCCUACACAUGCAGUGAGUGUGGCAAAGGCUUCCCCUUGAAGAGCCGGCUGGUUGUACACCAGCGGACGCAUACUGGAGAGAAACCUUACAAAUGCAGUGAUGGGAAGGGCUUCAUUGUGAACAGUGCACUGAUGUUACACCAGCGCACUCAUACAGGAGAGAAACCCUACACAUGCAGGGAAUGUGGCAAGGGUUUUGCCUUUAAGAGCAAUCUGGUUGUCCAUCAGCGGACACAUACUGGUGAGAAACCCUUUCCAUGCAGCGAGUGUGGGAAAGGUUUCACCAUGAAACGCUAUCUCAUUGUACACCAGCAAAUCCACAGAGGGGAGAAAUCCUAUAUAUGCCAUGAAUGUGGAAAAGGCUUUGCUUUGGAAACAGAGCUCAUUCUUCAUAAGCAAGUUCACACUGGAGAGAAACCCUAUGCAUGCAACGAAUGUGGUAAAGGCUUCGCUGUGAAAAGCCAAUUAAUGAUUCAUCAACGAAGUCAUACAGGAGAGAAGCCCUUUGUCUGCAGUGAAUGUAGAAAAGCCUUCUCCUCAAAAAGAAAUCUCAUUCAUCUGAGAACUCACACGGGAGAAAGACCGUACGAAUGCACUGAGUGUGGCAAAGCCUUUCUCAAGAAGUCCCGGCUCAGCCUACACCAGAAGACGCACACAGGGGAGAAGACCUACGUGUGCAGCGAGUGUGGCAAAGGCUUCACCCAGAAGGGAAACCUCACCGUCCAUCAGCGAAUCCACACGGGCGAGAAGCCGCACACGUGUAACGACUGCGGCAAAGGCUUCAUCCAGAAGACCUGCCUGAUCGCCCAUCAGAGGUUCCACACGGGAAAGGCGCCUUUUGUGUGCAGCGAGUGUGGCAAAUCCUGCUCUCAGAAGUCAAGCCUCACUAGACACCAGAGAAUUCACACCAGAGAGAAGCCCUUCGAAUGUGCUCAGUGUGGGAAAGCCUUCAUCUCCAAACAGAAACUCCUUGUCCAUCAGAAAACUCACUCGGGACAGAGACUCUGUGGCUACGAGUGUGGGAGAGCCUUCGCGUACAUGUCUUUGCUUGUUAAGCAUAAGAGAGCGCACACAGGGGAUACCCAGGGACAUUCAGGGAAGGGGGAAAAUCCUCCUGCAGAGAGGCCCAGCCCACAGCCUACUCGAGAUGUUGUGCAGGGAAAAAGCCCCGGUCACCCAGUGAUGCCACAGGUGCUUUCUGUAGCCCCUCAGACAUCAAUAAAUGUCAGUGGCCUUCCAGCAAAUAGGAAUGGAGUUCUUGUGGGGCAGCCUGGGGGCAGGUGUGCACCCUCGGGAGGUAGCAGUGGCUUUGCACAGGGAGGAAACCUGGUGAAUACAGUGAGUGUGGUGGUGCCUUCAGUGAUCAAUUUCAUCUUAUUUUAUGUUACAGCAAACCCAUAGGAAGAGGCUCAGGGGCAUUCUAAUCAGCCAAGAGCAAAAACGUGUUGUUCAUUGUACGGCUGUAAAGUAUACACUGAGAGGAACUGUAUAAUGCAGAGGCUGGGGGAGUCUGAUGUGGGCGCCUGUUUAAAUAUACGCUUCAUUGCGGGCAUACUGACGUUGAUUGCCAAUCCUAUACAUUGUUGUCAGUCCUAUACAUUGCCGUCACAUUUGUGUCAAUUAAAUUGCAUGAAGGAGGCCUGAGCUUAUUUACAGGGAGGAAAUAAGUACUGUGCAUUUUUUAAGUAGCCAAGAUGGAAAUCUGGAAUAUUACUACGAAUGAAAAGCCAAGGAACAAGUAGUUGGUGGAGAAGAUUAGUACUCGUGGAUGUGGGGCAUGUCUGUCACCUCAACUUCCCCACCCCAAUGUAGAGGACUAGCUGAACUUCAGGGCGUCUCCCGUAAACUUAAACUUUAUAUUAUAUAGAAGGACCUAUGAAACAGUAGCCUUACAUUCAUCCCACUCACUUAAUGAAUAGGUGACAAUUGUUUGCUUUGUACCUGGUCCUGUUCUGGGGGCUGAGGGGCCAGUGCUGGAGAGAGCAGAAGCAAUCUUGUCUUGGGUAGACAGCACUGACUGAACUGGAUCAUCAGGUGGUGUAUUUCCACUAGCUAAUCUAAGAGGAUCUAAGUAUCCACAGUGGGUGAAAUGGAGAUGAGUAACGAGUUCAGAGGGAUACAGUGUGUUGUUCAAGGCCCAUAUUAUGAAGGAUGGAGAAAGGACUGGUCUUGGUACUUAGGCCCCUUAGAACAUUAGCAGGUUUUAAUACCCAUGAUGCUUUAUCUCUAAGAGAUCAAAGAUUCCCUGAUAAUUUUUAUUAGAACUGUAAAAGCAUUUGAAGUAGUGGUUAUACUGAUUAAAAUACCAGCAUCGUACAUCAGAGUACCCGAGUUCAAUUCCUGGUUCUGGCUCUAGACUCACAUCUUCUGCCGAUACAGACCUUGGAAGGUGAUGGCUCAAGUGAUUGUGUUCCUGCCACUCAAGUGAGAGGUCUGGUUAUGGUGCCGGCUCCCAGCGUUGGCCCCAGCCAUCGUGAACAUUUGAGGAAUGAGUGAGCAGAUGGGCAGUGUCAAUCUUAAAGAAUUGAGGGGAGAAAGAAUUUUAAGUGUGCUCACACGCCACGUUUCAGAUGUUCAGUAGCCCCGUGUGAGCAGCUGUUGGCCUUGUGUCUCCCAUGCCUAGGUCACUCAUUCUACCCUGAAUGGACCCGAUACUAUUUUAUUUUUUCCCUUAAAGAUUUAUUUGAAAGACAUCCACUAAUUCUCCAGUGGCCUCAACAGCCAGGUCUGGGUGAUACCAAAGCCAGUAGCCUGGAGCUCCAUCUGGUCUCCCACAAGGCUGGUAGUGGCCCAAACACUGCCUUCCCAAGUGCAUUAGCAGGAAACUGGAUCGGAAGCGGAGCGCCCAGGACUUGAGUUGGUUCUCUAGGAUGGGAUGAUGGACUCACAAGAGGAGACCUAACCUGCUGUGCCAUAAUAGUUUUAUGUUAAGCUUUGUUU